CUCUCUCUCUCUCUCUCUCUCUCUAGUUGUUGUCGUCCACAAACAAGUGAUAAUUGGUAUUGUAUUGCUUCCUUUUUUCUGAUAUGUAUAUAUAUUAUAUUUCCCUCUUUUAAAUGGGUUUUCCUUCCAAUUGGGUUGGUUGGGGGCGUUGUUGAAAGCCUAAGUCACUAUGAUGGAUGGAUGGAUGGAUGGAUACGUGUGUGUUUGUUUUGUAUGUACGUAUAUGCCUGUACCAAGUGAGAUUAUUCCAGCAGGACAUAUAACAAUCUUCAAUAAUUCAUAUGUCAUCUGAACAAUUUGGCAACAAGAAGCUCUGCUGGGUUAUGAGUUCUUUGGCGAACACUGAGUCACGUACUCGAAACCUUUGAAAUUCCAGCUGUUCUGGUGGUGGGCCGAGCUUCAGAUUCCCAAGCCUGUCCCUGAUGAUGAGUUCUUCGCUGCCAUUCCAAACAAAGAUGGGCACCAUAUGGCAAUAAUGUGUUAGGCCAGCGACAAUUAUUUCUGCUAUCUGUUCACCCUUUUGCCCCUCUCAAUCCUUGCAAUGGCCAAAAACCCAUUACUCUUCUCCCUCCAAAUUCUAACCGCUUUCUCUGUUUUCUCCCACCUUUUCCAUCCUUCUAUGUCAGUAACUGAAACUGAAGCCCUCCUCCAAUUCAAAAACCAGUUGCAAGACCCCUUGAAUUACUUGGAUUCCUGGAAAGAUUCAGAAUCCCCAUGUAACUUCGCCGGAAUCUGCGAUCCGAACACUGGCAAAGUCACAGAGAUUUCCCUGGACAACAAGUCACUCUCUGGUGUGAUUUCUCCCUCCAUUUCUGUGCUGCAGAGCCUCAGUUCCCUUGUGCUGCCAUCAAAUUUCAUUUCCGGGAAUCUUCCGUCUGAAUUAUGCACUUGCUCCAAACUUAAAGUGUUGAAUCUCACAGGAAACCAUAUGAAUGGCAGCAUACCUGAUCUUUCCAUGCUGACAAAUUUGGAGAUUCUAGAUUUGUCUACAAAUUACUUCUCGGAUGGAUUCCCAACUUGGGUGACAAAUUUAACUCGGUUGGUUUCGCUAGGCCUUGGAGGUAACAACUAUGACGAGGGUGAAAUCCCUCAGAGUAUAUCAAAUUUGAAGAACUUGACCUGGCUAUUUCUUGCUUCUUCUAAUUUGAUAGGUGAAAUCCCUGACUCUAUUUAUGAGCUCACGGCCUUGGAGACAUUGGAUAUCUGUAGGAACAACAUUUCUGGGAAUUUCCCAAAAUCAAUAUCCAAACUACAAAAUCUCAAGAAAAUUGAGCUAUUUCAGAACAACUUGACUGGAGAACUUCCUCUAGGGCUCGCAGACCUUACUUCUCUCCGGGAAAUUGAUAUUUCCUCAAACCAAAUGUAUGGGAAAUUGCCGCCAAAGAUUGGCAAUCUAAAGAACUUGACAGUUUUUCAACUGUACAAGAACAACUUCUCGGGGGAACUCCCGCCAGGAUUUGGAGAUAUGCGCUAUCUCAUUGGCUUUUCUAUCUACGGGAACAACUUCACGGGUGAAUUUCCGCAGAAUUUUGGUCGCUUUUCACCACUGAAAAGCAUUGACAUAUCUGAGAAUAAAUUUAGUGGUGCCUUCCCAAAAUUCUUGUGCGAGAAUGGGAGCUUGCUGAAACUGCUUGCACUGGAUAAUAAUUUUUCUGGUGAGUUGUCGGAUAAUUAUGCAAGGUGCAAAUCUCUACUGAGGUUGAGGAUCAAUCAGAACCACUUGUCUGGGAAAAUCCCGAAUGGAUUAUGGGCGCUGCCUGAUGUAAAAAUGAUAGACCUUAGCAAUAAUGAUUUUACUGGAGGCAUUCAUCCUGGAAUAGGCGCAUCCACAAACUUGAGUCAGUUGGUCUUGUUCAACAAUAGGUUUUCGGGUGAGCUUCCAUCAGAACUUGGCAAACUGGUGCAGUUGGAAAGAUUGCAUUUAAGUAAUAAUGACUUCUCUGGCAGAAUACCUCCUGAAAUUGGUGCUCUGAAGCAGUUAUCAUCUUUGCAUUUGGAAGAUAACUCAUUUGGUGGAACAAUCCCAUCAGAGCUAGGGCAAUGUGCUAGACUGGUGGACUUGAAUCUUGCCAUGAAUUCUCUUACUGGUAGAAUCCCUGAUGCAAUUUCACAGAUGAGCGCACUAAACUCUCUGAAUCUUUCAGGAAACAAACUUAACGGUUCCAUCCCCGAAAGUUUACAGAAAUUGAAGAUGAGCUCCAUGGAUUUAUCUAAUAACCAGCUGUCUGGGGCAAUUCCACUAUUUCUUCUUACCAUGGGAGGAGACCAAGCAUUUGCAGGAAAUAAGGGCCUCUGUGUUGAGGAAAGUUUUAAAACUCAGGCCAAUUCGGGGAUAGCUUUGUGCAAUAGGAAGCGCCUUCACCAAAAAUUUUCUGUAAAUAAACUAGUUAUGCUCUGCAUUAUAUUAGCUGCCUUGAUUGUUAUUCUGGGUGGCUUAUUGCUAGUGAGUUACUGGAACUUCAAGCUCACUGAAACUUACACAGAAAAUGACGUUAGAUGGAAGAAGGAGAUGGAUCCAAAAUGGAAGCUUGAGUCUUUCCAUCCGGUGGACUUUGAUGCAGAUGAUAUAUGUAAUUUGGACGAGAACAACGUGAUUGGAAGUGGUGGUACAGGAAAAGUCUACAAGUUGGAUUUGAAGAAAGAUGUUGGUACAGUGGCUGUGAAGCGAUUAUGGAAAGGAAAUGAGGUGAAAGUUUUGAAAACAGAAAUGGAGAUUUUGGGGACCAUCAGGCAUAAAAAUGUCUUGAAGCUGUAUGCCUGUGUAAUGAAAGGAGGUUCAAGUUUCUUGAUUUUUGAGUACAUGGCAAAUGGUAACCUCUUUCAGGCACUUCAUCGAGAAACCAAGGGGGGUCAAGCAGAGUUGGAUUGGUAUCAACGUUACAGAAUUGCUCUGGGAGCUGCUAACGGACUUGCGUAUUUGCAUCAUGACUGUUUCCCAUCUAUUAUUCACAGAGAUGUUAAAUCAACCAACAUUUUACUAGAUGAGGAUUAUGAACCAAAAAUUGCUGAUUUUGGGGUUGCGAAGAUUGCAGAAGGAUCCCCUAAGGGCUCCGAGACCAGCUGUUUUGCCGGCACUCAUGGUUACAUUGCCCCUGAGCUGGCGUAUACCGUUAAGAUCACCGAAAAGAGUGAUGUAUAUAGUUUUGGAGUGGUGUUGCUAGAAUUGAUUACUGGUAGAAGGCCAAUAGAAGAGGCGUAUGGGGAGGGAAGGGAUAUGGUUUACUGGGUAUCAAAUCAUGUGAAUAAUGAUUCCCAAGACAUUCUCGAGGUUCUUGACCGUAAGCUGGUGUCUGACCUCGUUCAAGAUGACAUGAUAAAGGUGUUGAAGAUCGCUAUGCUUUGCACCACCAAGCUUCCAAAUCUACGCCCAAGCAUGAGAGACGUGGUUAAGAUGCUUGUUGAUGCCGAGCCUUCCAUUGUCAAAUCCCCAAACACGUACGGUAAGAAUUAACGGGAAACCUGGCGUGUAAUCCUUCUCUGUUCGUAGCAGCAGCUUUAAUUUCAAGUCCCUUGGCAGUUGACUUUUGGCAAAAAUGCAUUUUAGCAUGUAAGAUAAAGAAAGAAGCUUCAUCACGAGACAGAUAUGAGUGGCUUUUUGAUGUUGUAUUGUUGUUGUUCAUAAUUAGGUGACCGUGAGGUUGGCUGGUUUUAUGAACUGCCUGUGAUGUACUCUCAUUUGUUGCUUAAAACUGUUUAUAUAGGUGGUGAUAAAACCACUCUUCUUUAAA